UCCAAACAUACACUUAAUAUUGCGGGUAUCUAAAAUCAUGGUUGCGUUCUGUGUAUGUAGCUAUGGCCAAACCCAAGGUGCUGGAGGAGGAAGUGGAGGUGGUGGUGGUGGAGGAGCAACCCCGUCUCAGAAAUUGACAACCAAUGAUGCCUUAACUUAUUUGAAGGAAGUGAAAGACAUGUUUCAGGAUCAGAGAGAAAAAUAUGACUUGUUCCUUGAGGUCAUGAAAGAUUUCAAGGCUCAGAGGACUGACACUGCUGGUGUCAUAGCAAGGGUUUUUUUCUAUUCUUUGAUAUGGUUGGAUGAUAUUAUUGAAGAUGUGGAGAUUCAAAGUUCUAAGAAUAGAUUACUUGAUUUGAAGGAGAUAAUUGUGAAGAUUGGAGAUGGAUUGAAGAAAUAA